AUGCCACAGGCUCCUAAACAUUACCUGUGCAGCAAGCCAAAUGUUGAACUUGAUUAUGAUGAUGUUAGUAACACUAACAUCGUCAGGGACAACAACAAGAAAGCACUGAAAUACAUUGAGGAUGUUACCAGCAACGCUGAUGAAAUUCAAGAAAGGGUCCUUGCAGAGAUCCUUUCCUCUAGUGCCCGCGUUGAGUACCUGCAACGUCAUGGCCUAGAUGGGCACACAGACAAAAACACCUUCAAAAAGGUCAUGCCUGUUGUGACUUACGAGGAUUUAAAGCCAGAUAUUGAUCGUAUAGCUAAUGGUGAUACCUCCCCAAUUUUAUGUUCCAAGCCCAUAUCAGAGUUCCUCACUAGCUCUGGAACAUCUGGUGGGGAGAGAAAAUUGAUGCCAGCAAUAGAAGAUGAGCUAGAGCGAAGGUCAUUACUUUAUAGCCUUUUGAUGCCAGUGAUGGAUCAAUUUGUACCCGGUUUGGACAAAGGCAAAGGCAUGUACUUUUUGUUCAUAAAAUCAGAAGCCAAGACACCAGGGGGACUCCUUGCUCGUCCAGUUUUAACAAGCUACUACAAGAGCUCACACUUUAAGAACCGCACACAUGAACAUGAUCCCUACACAAACUACACUAGCCCCAAUGAGACCAUUCUCUGUCUUGAUUCUUAUCAAAGCAUGUAUUCUCAGUUGCUUUGUGGGCUUUGUCAAAAUGAGGAAGUGCUUCGUGUUGGGGCUGUUUUCGCUUCCGGUUUCAUUCGUACCAUUAAAUUCCUCGAAAAGCAUUGGGUUUGUUUGUGUAAUGACAUAAAAACGGGUACUAUAGAUGCUGAAAUCACUGACCCAUCAGUGAGAGAGGCUGUUAUGAAAAUACUUAAACCAAAUCCCAAGCUUGCGGAUUUCAUUGAAACCGAAUGCAAGAAGGAUUCGUGGAAAGGGAUCAUUACUAGGUUAUGGCCCAACACAAAGUAUGUUGAUGUUAUUGUCACUGGAACCAUGUCUCAGUAUAUCCCAACAUUGGAUUACUAUAGCAAUGGUCUCCCUCUUGUCUGCACCAUGUAUGCUUCUUCUGAGUGUUAUUUUGGCCUCAACUUAAACCCUUUAUGUGAACCAAGUGAGGUAUCUUACACCCUCAUUCCCACCAUGGCCUACUUUGAGUUCUUGCCCCUCAACAAGAAAAACGAACACACCAAUUCAAUUUCUCACCAAGAGCAAGAACAUUUAGUUGAUCUAGUAGAUGUAGAGUUGGGUCAAGAAUAUGAGCUUGUAGUCACCACUUAUGCAGGUCUUUACAGGUACAAGGUUGGUGACAUACUCCGAGUAGCUGGAUUCAAGAACAAGGCUCCUCAAUUCAACUUUGUGUGCCGAAAGAACGUGGUUUUGAGCAUUGAUUCUGAUAAAACGGAUGAAGUUGAGCUACAAAAUGCUGUGAAAAAUGGAGCUAUCCAUCUUUUACAAUUUGGUGCAUCGCUCAUAGAAUACACAAGCUACGCGGACACGUCAACUAUACCGGGACACUACGUAUUGUACUGGGAGAUUAUCAUGAAUGGACAAAACCCAAUUCCUGCUUCUGUUUUUGAGGAAUGUUGUCUUUCAAUUGAAGGAUCUCUCAACAGCGUUUAUCGCCAAGGAAGGGUAUCAGAGUCCAUUGGGCCAUUGGAAAUCAAGAUAGUGGAAAGUGGGACAUUUGACAAGCUCAUGGACUUUGCUCUAAGUCAGGGUGCAUCAAUAAAUCAGUACAAGACACCUCGUUGUGUAAAAUAUGCUCCCAUUGUAGAGAUUCUAAACUCCAAAGCAAUUUCCAAUUGCUUCAGUCCAAAAUGCCCUCAGUGGGUUCCUGGUCACAAGAGGUGGUGCACCCUUGACUGA